CCUACGGUCGUAAUUGAUGACUUGGUCUUCCAAUCUGCUCCCUGGCUUGGCUGCCGCUGAGGCAUCGGCAUCAGCGAAAGUAGGAUUAUAAAAACCGGUGAGAGGAGAGCCCAGAGCAAGCACACAUUGGAGAAACAUAAAGAUGAAAGCAGCUGUGUUGUGUUUUCUUCCAAUGGCCUUGGCCUUGGCAACUUUUACCGAGAAGGACAACUGCGUUCGAACGUGCGGCAACGUGAGCGUGCCUUUCCCAUUCGGGCUCGACGAAAGUUGCGCGCGGAACUCCAAACUCGUCCUCACCUGCAACCACACAUCGGGGGACCUGUCCCUCGGCGAGAACGUUCCAUUGUUCAACAUAUUCGUGGAGAAUGGGACAAUGAACAUUGGCGUGUACAGAGCUUUAGACUGCUAUAACGAGGCUGGCGGUCGGCUUGACGGCUCUAACCCUUACGCAUGGAUCCGAGUGGGUGAAGACGGGCACUAUACAUUCUCGGACACCCGGAACAAGCUCACUGUCUUGGGUUGCGACACUGAGGCUCUUAUCUCGGACACCGCCGGGACUUUCGGGAGUGGAUGCUUGUCCUAUUGCCGCGAGGACGUCGACUUCACGGCCAAGAGCGCUUGCUCCGGCCUCGGGUGCUGUCAAACGUCGAUCCCCAAGAGCCUCAGGAGCCUCUCUAUUGCCAUGAGCAGCUCGACGAAUUACACCUCAGUUCGGAACUUCAGCUCUUGUGGAUCAGCGUUCGUAGUGGACCAGGAGUCAUUUAAAAUCUCCGAUUACAAGCGUCCUGUCCCGGAUGAAAUGGGCAAAUACAAUUUCUCAAGGGUUGUCGUGGAUUGGGUAGUUGAACGGAAUUUGACCUGUGAGGAAGCGCAAUCCAACCGAUCGAGCUAUGCCUGCGGCGCCAAUAGUAACUGCUCUGACUUCGAAAACGGGAAUGGUUAUCGUUGCUUCUGUCAGGCUGGGUACACGGGGAAUCCCUAUGCCUCCCCACUGUACUCACUCCCAGGAUGUCAAGACAUCGAUGAGUGCAAGGAUCAUCAACAAUAUCCAUGUCGUGGAAAUUGCAAGAAUACACCCGGGAACUACACAUGCAACUGCCCAUUUGGCAUGACUGGUGAUGGCAAAGUCGGUUGCCAAACUUCUAGUCUUGCCAUAAUUGCUGCAGCCAUUGUAGCGGCAACGUCGUGCAUAAUUGUUUGUGGCCUAGUCUUGUUCAUAUGCAAGAGGAGAGCUAAAGAGAGAUACUUUAGGCAAAAUGGAGGAGAGAUCUUGAAGCACCAGAGAGUGAAAAUCUUCACUGAGGCAGAGUUGGCUAAAGCCACCGACGACUACGAUGCUGGCAACAAGCUCGGUGAGGGUGGUUUUGCUUCAGUCUACAAAGGAAGAAUCGAUGGCAACAUUUUAGUUGCGAUCAAGAAGCCCAGAGAUGUCCCUAUCGGGAAGCCGAAAGACAUGAACAAGGACAUGUCUCUGAGCACUCACGAUGAAUUCCUGCACGAAAUCGGCAUCAUAUCACAAGUAAAUCACAAAAACUUGGUCAAGCUCCUGGGCAUAUGUUUGGAGACAAAAGUGCCAUUGUUGGUCUAUGAAUUCAUCCCGAAUGGGACUCUCUAUCACCACAUUCAUGACAAGAGAUCGACUGUUCUGCGAUCGUGGAAGAAUUGCCUCAGGAUUGCCUCGGAAGCUGCCUUGGCCCUUGAGUACUUGCAUUCCCUGGCUGACCCGCCGGUCAUUCAUAGUGAUGUCAAAUCUCUGAAUAUACUUUUGGAUGAGAAAUACUCGGCGAAAGUGUCCGAUUUCGGAGCCUCGGUUUUGAUUUCACCUGGAAAGACUCAUGUAGUUGAAAGAAUACAAGGCACAAUUGGUUACCUCGACCCUGAGUAUCUCAUCACUAGUGAAUUAACCACGAAGAGCGAUGUUUAUAGUUUCGGGGUUGUCCUUGCGGAGCUCCUCAUUGGAGAGACGCCGAAUCGGCGGGCAAAAUCUGGGGAAAAAAUCAACAUCUUCCAUUCUUUCAUCUCCGCCGUGGAGAACCGGACACUCCUCCAUAUGAUAAAUUUCGAGGCAUCCAAUGAAGGUGAACUAUGGGAGAUCGAGGCGGUCGGUUUGCUCGCUAGAAGGUGCUUAAACUAUAAUGGCGUGAAAAGGCCAACAAUGAGGGAAGUGGCCGAGCAACUGGCUAGGAUCAACAAGAACUUGUGGGCCGAUCAACAGAACGACGAAGAGGCUCAGAGUUUACUCGAUGAGAGGAGAUGUGACUCUCUCUGGACUUCAAUCAGUGAGGUGAACAAACCGGAGUCGACUGAUCUUUUGGUUUUUGACAUCGAAACAGCCACUACUAGUUCUAGCGUCUGA